UUGGAUGCUCUUAUUGAUGCUAGUUGCCAGACAUGCCUCUUCGUCGAAUCGAUCAUCACGCAGCUGGGAAUCAACAUCGGAUUCGGUCGUCACUUCUACGACAUCGACCCGCCGAACCUGAUGACGAUAGCGAUGUACACGUCCAUAGGAGCCUCGAUCUCCUGUUUCGCCUCAACAGGAAGCAAAGUAGGAUUCGGCGUAACGUUGCUUCGGUUGACGGAAGACUGGUACAGAGCGUUUGUCUGGUUCGCCGUCGUCACCUUGACCAUCGUCAUGUUGCCCAGUGCGACCCUGACAUGGCUCAAGUGCACCCCGGUUCAAAAGAAUUUCAACAGCCAGAUGGAAGGGACGUGUUGGGACAAAGCCAUCACUCUGAAUUACGGAAUCUUCAACGCAGCUUGGUGUGCGGCGAUGGACUUUCUUUUGGCGCUGGUUCCGUGGAAACUGAUCUGGGGGCUUCGCAUGCGGAAACAUGAAAAGCUUGGUAUCUGCAUCGCGAUGAGCCUUGGUUGGCUCUCAGGGGUCUGUGCAAUUAUCAAGGGCGUCUAUCUUGUACAGUUGGAACAGGGAGACUUUUUCUUCAAUGGCAAAGAUGUCACAAUCUGGACGGCAGUUGAGACAGCAACUGCCAUCGUCGCUGGAUCAAUACCCGUUCUCAGAGUAUUUUUCAACGAGAAGGCAUCGACUUUUGGAUCCAACAACAACAAUAAAAGCCAUAACUCUCACGAUAUCGAGUUGAACACAUACCAUACAACGGCCGACUCAUCGGAAACUACCAACACAGCAGAACCUCACACUCAACCCCCAGGCGGCACUUUGAUUGUUCGCCCUAAAAGUCACGGCGUUCUUGAAGAUAUCAUCGAGAUUGAAACGCCUUCAGAAGAAUAUGACAUGCACGACCGGUACCAGAACGGAAUGAGCGUGGUGUAA